AUGUGCGUGAUGAUGUUUUGUUUCAGCUGGAUUGGGAACCAGGGCCAGGUCCAAAACACUUUCCUGAAAAUACUCUGCAACACACAUCCUUACAUGACCAACAAUCUCGAGGCGGAAAACGCCGAAUUUGCCGCCAAAAAGUGGGUGUGGGUGGCCGACCCGACCGUGGGCUUCAUCAAGGGCUUCGUGGUCUCCGAGGAGGGUGACAAUUACACCGUCAACUGUGGAGAUGAGAACCGCGUGGUCAAGAUAAAUGACACAGACAAGGUCAACCCACCAAAAUUCAACAUGGCCAGCGACAUGGCCGAGCUCACGUUUCUGAGUGAAGCUGCCGUCAUUGCCAACCUAGCAAGCAGAUACAAGAGUGACAUGAUCUACACAUACUCUGGGCUUUUUUUGGUGGCCAUCAACCCCUACAGAUCGCUCCCCAUCUACGACAAAGACACCAUCAGGAGCUACCGCAACAAGCACAGAGACGAGGUGCCUCCGCACAUUUUCGCCAUCACCGACCUGGCGUUUCAGAACAUGAUGGAGGCUCAUGAGAACCAGUCGAUUCUGGUGACGGGAGAGUCGGGAGCAGGCAAGACUGAGAACACAAAGAAGGUGAUUCAGUACCUGGCGGCCGUGGCUCAGGAGGGCAAGCAUGCCUCUGCCGACGACUGCACGUUUGAGGACAAGAUUUUGCAGGCUAAUCCGAUUCUGGAAGCGUUUGGAAACGCCCAAACUGUGCGAAACAACAACUCUUCUCGGUUCGGAAAGUUCAUUCGCAUCGAGUUUGAGCGAGCUGGCGCCAUUGCGGGAGCUGUGAUCGACUGGUACCUGCUGGAAAAGUCUCGAGUCAUUUCACAAAACUCUCGUGAGCGAAACUACCAUGUCUUCUACCAGCUUUUGUCUGGAGCCAGCGCGGAGCUCAGAGAACAGUUGCUGAUCAAAGACAGUGUCAACCCUGCAGACCACUCGUAUCUGAAGGGCAGCAACUACGAGAUCCCCGGUGUCAACGACAAGGCCGAGUUUGGUGUGCUGCAAAAGUCUUUCCAGAUCAUGGGCUUCACCGACAAGGAACAGCAUUCCAUUUUCCAGACCCUUUCUGCUAUUCUCCAUUUAGGUAACAUUGAGCUAGCAGGCGAAGGCACGCGAGGUAGUGGAGUCAACCAGGCUCGCCUCGUGGACAUUUCGCAGGCUGAGCGCUUGUGUCAUCUGCUCGGAAUCUCUACCCAGCAGUUUGUCACCUGUCUUUUGCAUCCCAAGGUGAAGGCUGGCCGCGAGUGGGUCCAGCAGAACCGGUCGACCGAGCAGGUACGGUUUUCGCUCGACUCACUGGCCAAGUCGCUUUACGAACGAACCUUUGGGUUUAUCGUCGACCGAAUCAACACAUGUCUCCAGAGCGGCGCCUCAGAUACCCAAUUUAUCGGCGUUCUGGAUAUUGCAGGUUUCGAAAUCUUCCAGGUCAACUCGUUCGAGCAGCUGUGCAUCAAUUACACCAACGAGCGGCUCCAGCAAUUCUUCAACCACCACAUGUUUGUGCUUGAACAAGAAGAGUAUGCUCGAGAGAACAUUGAGUGGAAGUACGUCGAUUUUGGACACGAUUUGCAACCCACCAUCGAUCUCAUUGAGAAACCCAACCCCAUCGGUAUCUUCUCGUGCCUUGAUGAAGAUUGUGUAAUGCCCAAGGCAUCCGACAAGACCUUCACCGAGAAGCUGCAUCAGCUGUGGGACAAAAAGUCGCCCAAGUACAAGUCAUCGCGGCUCAAGCAGGGCUUUGUGCUCACUCACUACGCUGCUGACGUUGAAUAUUCAACCGAGGGGUGGCUGGACAAGAACAAGGAUCCUCUUAACGCCAAUGUGAUUGAGCUUCUGGUGGAGUCUUCCGACUCCCAUAUUCGAUGUCUGUUCCAGGAGGAGGCCAAGGAGGCCGCUCGAGAGACUUCAGCUAGAGGCAAGGGAGGCAAGAAGGGAAUCUUUAGAACGGUUGCUCAGAAACACAAGGAGCAGCUGAACUCAUUGAUGACCCGGCUGCAGGCCACACAUCCACAUUUUGUGCGAUGUAUCAUUCCCAACCACAAGAAGCAGCCGCAGUCGCUGGAUUCUCUACUUGUAUUGGAUCAGCUUCGAUGCAAUGGUGUAUUGGAAGGUAUUCGAAUCGCCCGGUCUGGUUUCCCCAACCGUCUGCCAUUUUCAGACUUCAAGUCGCGGUACCAGGUGCUUGUUCCAAUGCCCCAAGGUUUUAUGGACGGUCAAAAGGCUUGUCAGCACAUUCUGUCCGGUCUCAAGAUGGACACCAAUCUCUAUCGGGUUGGUCUGACUAAGGUGUUUUUCAAGUCUGGCGUUCUUGCCGAGCUUGAGGAGCAGCGAGAGUCGUGUGUUCGAGAUGUGAUUGUGCGCUUCCAGUCUCUUGCCCGAGGCUGUAUGACUCGACGAAAGUUCCUCAAGGCCCAGCACAGACACGAGGCUGCUCUUAUUAUCAAGAAGAACCUUUCUGUGUACCGACACCUCAAGGACAACAAGUGGUGGAAGCUGUACGUCAAGAUGCGGCCUCUUCUCGCAACUUCCAAGGACAUUGUUGAGCGACGUGCCAAGGAUGCCGAGGUCAAGCGUCUGGAAAAGAAGAUGGCCGACAUUGUGGAGACCAGAGACAGUCUUGAUGAGCGGUGUCGGAAGGCCGAGACUGAGCUUGCCAAGAUUGAGGAGAAGCUUACCUCUGAGCGAGCCACAGCUGCCGACAAGGACGAGAUUCUCAGGAGGUCACAGGAGAAGGAGGCUGAGCUUUCCGCUCAGUUAGAAGAGGCCUACGAGGAUUUGGACCAGCUGGAGACCCAGAUGGAGGAGCUUCUGGCUGCUAAGAAGCGAGCUGAUGAGCAGACAGACACUCUCAAGAAGGAGCUUGACAAUGGUGCCAAGUUGCUGAGCAAGCUGGAGUCUGAGAAAACAGAUCUGGCCACCAGUAUGGCGUCGAUCGAGAAGGAGCUUGCCGAGGCCACUGAGAAGCACUCUAACCGUUUGACCGAGUCCGAGUCACUCAACGAACAGCUUUCCAUGAUCCGAAACUGCGUUGCCAUGCGAGAAGCCAAGAUUGAGGAGCUAGAGAGUCGUCUGGAAGAGUCGGAGAAAGAGCUGGGGUCUCGUCUUGCUGCUGCGACUUCUGGUUUUGAUUCUGCCAACAGACGGAUCCGAGAACUCAUCCGUGAGAACAAGGAAGUCCGAGACCAGCUGGCAGACCUGCAUGCCACGUCGUUCGGCUAUGAGAAGCUUGUGCGCAAGAAGGAACAGGAGCAGGCAGUGCUCAAGGCCGAUCUGGACCGUCACGUGAAGGACCUGGAGGACAUUUCUCGGCAGAAGCAGUCUCUUGAAACAAAGCAUGAGUCUGUCUCUGCUGAGCUGGCUGCUGCCAACGAGGAAAUCAAGACUCUGUCUGCCAACCACGAGCAGCUCAAGCAGGAGCUGGAGACUCGUCGACAGGAGUCUGAGAGCGAGGAGAAGCAAAAGGCGGCCCAGAUGAUGCUCGAGACCGAAGCUCUCAAGGAGGAGCUGGCCAAGGAGCGUCGUCGACGAACCGUGGCUGAGUCUGAGGCUUCCAAGACUCAGAACGAGGUGUCUCGAGUCAAGUCUGAGCUCUCUGCCAAGUCUUCUGAGGUUGAGGGUCUUCAAAAGUCGAAGCAGUCGGCUGACAAGGAGGUCAAGCGACUUCAGAGCCAGGUCGAGAAGGCCCAAGCCGCCCAGAGUGCUGCUGAGCGGGCUCUUUCAAAGGUUGAAGCCGAUCUCAAGGUGGCCCAGGACGAGGCAGCGCAUCUGACGCGUCAGGACAAGUCUCGCGAGCUGUCUCUCAAGUCGCAGGUAGAGAGUCUGAGAAACGAGAGUGCAAAGCAUCGCACUUUGAACGAGGCGCUCACUGCUGAUGCUGGUUCGUUCAAGACUCGUCUGGACGCUCUAGCAACUGAGAAGAAGGCUCUGACUUCUCAGAUUGCCACUCUCACUUCUGCUUCUGGUGCCGAUAAGGACCAGCUGGCUGUUCUGCGAGAGGCUAUUGAUGUCAAGAACAACCAGCUGACCAAGCUGCGUUCCCAGGUCGAGGCUGAGACUCAAGCUCGUCUGGCUCAUGUCUCUCAGUCGUCUCAAGAGAAGCAGCAGUCCGAUGACCAUGUGGCAUCUCUCAAACGAAAGCUGUCUGAGCUGGAGACUGUGUACAGUACCGGCGAGAAGCAGCGAGAGCGAAUGGCCAGAGAAAUCGAGGAUCUCAAGCAUCACAACACCCAGGACCACAAGUCUGCUUUGUCGCAGGAACGGCUGGUGACCGAGCUCAAGGCUGCUCUUGAAAAGGAGCGACGAGAGCGAUCCGAGACUGCUGUUCUUCGCCGCAAGUUGCAGAGCCAGGUUGAUUCCUUGACUGAGACUGUGGAGCUUCGAACGUCUCAGGUUACUGCUCUUAACCGAGCUGUCCUUGGUCCAAACAAGCCCCUUCCUUCCGACCCCGAGUCUCUGGAGAAAGCUAUUUCGUCCACUGUUGAUCUUGCCACCCGCCUUGAAGAGUCUGAACGUCGAUGCAAGGCUCUUCAGGAUGGCAAGCAGCUUGCAGAGGAGCAGUUCCGAAGUGCCAAGCAACGAUGGUCUGCUGAUACCGACAACCUGUCUUCUCGACGAUCGCAUGAGGACAUCAACCUGACCUCGUACACUUCUCCCUCCAAGACCAAGCGUCCUCUUUCUGUUUCUGCUGUGUCUCAUCUCAACAGAGACUCCAAUGGAAUGGAUGCCAAGUUGAAGGAGAAGCUUGCUGCUGCUGAGUUAGCGCUGUCCCAAGCUCUUGCCAAGAACAAGCUUCUGGCCAAGGAAGCUGAAGAGGCACGAAGCCGAUCUCAUGUCUCUGCCCGAGACAUGUCUCCCGAGCGUCCUUCCAGUAAGGCUUCUAUCUCCAGCAAGCCUGACAUGAACUUCCAGCUUGAAGCCGAGCGGUCUCGAAACCGUGAUCUUCAGGAAGAUCUGCAGCUGUAUAGACAGCGGGCCGAGGAGUAUUACGGUAAGAUUGAGUCUGCCGAGAUUGCGAUUCUCAAGUCGUCUCGAGCAGAGGAGUUUGCCAAGCAGCGGUGCCAGGAGGCUGAGAGCGAGCGAUCACAGCUUCUGGCCGAGCGUCAAAAGGCCGAGACUGCUCUGAUUGAGCUGCAGGCUGAGGUUCGGGGUCUGGAGAACCAGCUGGAGGACAAGGAGAUGGAGGUGGCGACUCUUCGGCGGUCCCAUAAACGAUUGGAGACCGAACAGGGUCGGGGUCUUGAGGGUUCUAAGAGCGAGCUGGCUGAGCUGACCAAGACUCUGGCAGCCGAGACCAAGAACGUGUCUUCCCUAAGACAGCAAAACAUGAUGCUGCAGCAGCAGACUGAUGCUAUGAAGCGUCAGCGGGAGCUUGAGCAGUCCGAGGCCAAGCAAUGGCGCGACGAGCACGACCGGCUGGCUGCACAGGUGCACGACCUUCAGCAGCAGGCCCAGGCUGACGAAAAGGCCAACUCCGAGGCCCAGAAGCGGGUUGCUUCGCUGCUGUCUCAGGUUCAGAAUCUGCGAACCACCAUGGACGAGAUUGCCACUGACAGAGACCAGCUGCUCAAGGACAAACGAGCUCUUGAAAGCCGUGUGUCUACCAUGGCAGUUGAUCUCGAGAGUCUUCUAAAGAGCCACGGUGAGACGCCUCUCUCUCGAACCUCCUCUCAGGUGUCUUCCACGCAGCUUCGAACUGCUGAGAAGUCUGCUGCCGACGCUCUGGCCGCUCUGGAGCGUGAGCGCAGGGUGAUGCAGACUCAGAAGCGAGAGUCAGAGCAGCAGACCAAGGAGCUCAACCUCAAGAUUCUCGAUCUCGAGUCAAGACUUUUGUCUUCUGGAGGAGGGGAUACCGAGGCCCUCAGAAAGCGGGUGUCUCAGCUCGAGAAAGAGCUCCAGCAGCAGCAGUCGGAUAUGCUUGCUGACCUCAAGUCGUCUCGAGGAGGUGACCGUCAGGCACGUGAGCUCCGGGAUCAGCUUGAUCAGCGUGACCAGCUGGUAAAGCGACUGCAGGAGGAGUCUGCCAAGUCGGAGGCCAAGGUGAACCGACUGGUGGAAGCAGUUGAGAAGGCACAGGGAAGCGAGUCGCAGUACCAGGUGGUGGCUCGACGGGCAGAGCGAGAGUCUAGAGAGCUGCGAGAAAAGUCUCUACGGCUGGAGAAGGAUUUGGAGAACUGGAAGUCACGGCUGGAGGCGUACGUCAACAACAACUCCAACUUUGAGCCCUCCUUUGUUUAA